UGAAACAAGCCCAUUCUCAGGUGCCCUACUCGAUGACCUCAGACACGCAGCGUCCGCCAUUUCGCUAGAGUCCACCUACGAGACAGACGCCAGCGAAUUCGUCACGAAAAGGGUACGCAAACGCAGCCGCAAGAGGCAGAAAAAAUCUCACGAACCCGUUAAUAGCGUCACCUCGUCAAAAAUAGGACCCUCCCAGCCCCGACCGAUGAACGUCCAAGGAUCUCCUCGGUUACACAUCAAGUUCGGGGCGGAUGGCGAAGCCGAAAAAUUAGAAAUGAAGCCUAGAACUGAGGUCGAUGAAACCGAAAACGAAAGCACGGCAUUUCUCACGGAAAUCGGGGACGGGCGUAAGGUUGAAGAGACAGACAUCAUGGCGUAUCCAUUGAUGACGACUAUGGAGCCGAAGGCUCUGGACGUGAUCGCGUUCAAGGUAUAUAAGUUGGAUUCGGGUUACGAACCACAGAUAUCGUCUUAUAUAACUGCAAGGGUCCUCACUUUUGAUGAAGAAACUAAGGCUGUCAAUUUAGAAAUACUUGCGGGAGGGGAUGAAUUCCUACAACCCGAGGGUAAGUUUUUCAUGAAUGUAGAGGAGCCGAGUAAAACGAAUAAGUAUACGCUCGACUGGGCAGAAUUGAUCGAACCGAGGCUCCUGUAUCCCUAACUGGAAAUGAAACUGAUUUCAGGCGAAAGAGGGGAACUUCAAAGAAUUAAAAUGUCGAAUGAUAUAACUUGGAAUCAGAGAUGAAGCAAUUUUAAAAUUAUUGUAGUGAUACAUAUAUAUAUAAAAUCAGGCCAAAGGCUUU